UUUGUUUCUCAAAUGAAAGUUUUGAUCUCGUAGUACUAGGAAAUCAACAUAACUAGUGAUGGGAUCUAGUCUUAUAUUAAUUUCUUCUUGUUUACUUGGUUACGCUGUCCUAGUAAAUGGGUUAAGUGGAUCAGCGCCUGAAAACGGGCCAAGAUAUGUGUUUUCCGGUGGUGCUACAUCUCGUAAUAAGCCGCAGACUGCUGGAGUCAAAUUUUCUGCUAUAAGAGUUAACGACAAUAAUCAGAGGUUCACUAUAAAACAAGGGAAAUCUAUACCACGACUUAACCGACCUCAACCAGUAGCAGCCAAUUUUUACCAGCCAGCUCCAAGAGUUCUUCCAUCAAAUCAAAGGACACGUCCUCAACUUUCACCUCCUUACAAGCCUGGACCCCCUGUGCCAGCUUCAAAUAGGCCCGGACCUCCUAUGCCAGCCUCAAAUAGGCCUAGACCACCACUGGUAGCUUCAAAUAUGCCUGGACCUUCUAUUCCAGCUUUAAAUAGGCCUCGACCCCCUCUCCUAGCUUCAAAUAUGCCUGGACCACCACUGACAACAUCAAACAGUCCUGGACCUCCUCUACCAGCUUCAAAUAGGCCUGGAUCUCCUCCUCCAGCAUUAAAUAAACCAGGACCCCCUCUACCGGCUUCAAAUAGACCAGGACCCCCUCUACCGGCUUUAAAUAGACCUGGACCUCCUCUACCAGUUUCAAAUAAGCCCGGACCACCACUGGCAGCUUCAAAUAGACCUGGAACUCCAAUGCCAGCUUCAUAUAGGCCUGGAUCUCCUCCUCAAGCAUUAAAUAGGCCAGGGCCUUCUCUACCGGCUUCAAAUAAGCCAGCCCCUCCUUCACGACCACAUGUAAUACCUCCAGUUGCAGCAAGUCGACCUAGUCUAUCAAAUGCCCCUUAUAAACCUUUGACACCUCCAAACGGUGCUACUGCAAUUAGGCAUAGAUCUCAGAUGUCUUUUUCCGGACUAAACCAAGGCCAAGCAGGAGUGACUUUUUCGGGACAAUCAUUCUAUGAACCCAAUGCAAGGCCAACCUUUUCAAGUAGUAGGGGAAUAGCUGCAGGCGCAAGAACAGUAGGAAGCGUGGGACGUCCAGUUCCAGGUUUUACGCCGGUAGUUUCUGCUGUAGGAGUACCAGGGACAGCACCAGGUGCCGCACAAUUAGCAAGAAAAGCAACAGGAGUGACCCGUGUUGGACGACCAGCAUCUGAAACAGUACCAGGGGCCAGUGCUGGAACAAAUUCGGGUUCAGCAUCUGGUUUAGUACGAUCUGGAAGACCUGGAGCAGUGCCUGUUGCGUCAGAUUUUAUUUAUAGGCCAGUACAGGCUACACGCGUAGGAACGACACUUGUAAAUAAACCAGGUUCAAGGGCACCUUUUAAAGGACUUGCACCAGCAGCACCCGUUGGGGGACCAGCACCAGUGAUACCUGUUGGAGGAUUAGCACCAGUGGCACCCCUGGGAGGACCAGCACCAGUGGCACCUGUUGGAGGACCAGCACCAGUGGCAUCUGUUGGAGGACCAGCACCAGUGGCACCCGUUAGAGGAGCAGCACCAAUGGCACCCGUAGGAGCACCAGCAUCAAUGGCACCUGUCAGAGGAUCAGCACCAGCGUCACCCCUGGGAAGACCAGCACCAAUGGCACCUGUCGGAGGACCAGCACCAAUGUCAUCCGUUGGAGGACCAGCACCAAUGGCACCUUUUGGAGGACCAGCACCAGUGACACCCGUUGGAAGACCAGCACCAAUGGCACCCGUUGGAGGACCAUCACCAAUGGCACCCGUUGGAGGACCAGCACAAAUGGCAACCGUUGGAGGACCAGCACCAGUGGCACCCGUUGGAGGACCAGCACCAGUGGCACCUGUUGGAGGACCAUCCCCAAUGGCACCUGUUGGAGGACCAGCACAAGUAGCACCUAUUGGAGGACCAGCACCAAUGGCACCCGUUGGAGGACCAGCACCAGUGGUACCUGUUGGAGGACCAGCUGUAAGUAAAAAUCAAAAAGCUCAAAAUAGCAUAGGAGGACCUGUCUUUAGUACAAAAACAUCUAGGGAAUUUGUAUUCAAAGCUAGUUCAGGAAAACCUGCACCUGCUGGGUCUUCAAAUGUAAAUAGAGGACCAGCAAAAGCAGCACCGAUUGGAAAUUCAGCACCAACUGUAAAAGGAUCAGCACCGGCAGCACCUUUAGGAGGACCAGCACCUGUUGGGGGAGCGGUUGUUGCAGAACCAACGCCAAAAGUACCUAUUGCAAAACCAGAAUCAGUAGUACCCGUUGCAGAACCAAAGCCAGAAGUACCCAUUGCAGAACCAACGCCAAAAGUACCGGUUGCAAAACCAGCAUCAAUAGUACCUGUUACAGAACCAACGCCAAACGUACCUGUUGAAAAACAAGCGCCAGAAGUACCUGCACCUGAAGCAGCUGCUGCACCUUCAACUCAGAACACAAUGUGUAGCUGGUCACCUAUCUGUGGUAAUGAUGGUAGCACCUAUCUUUCCAAUUGUGCUUUACCGAGUGGUGUAGGAAAAGCAUGUGACGGAUAUUGUCCAUGUAAAGCGGCAUCUAAAUGUGGCUGUGAACAAUGGUAUAGUCCACUUUGUGGUGUUGAUGGCGUUACUUAUGAUAAUGAAUGUGAACUCCUUUGUGCGCAGGUAUCGGUGGAUUGUGACGGAGUGUGCCCAUGUCCAACAAAACCACAGCCUACACAAACGUAUAUGCCAACAUUAGUUCCCCUUCCAACAUGUCAGUGUCCAGAAUAUUAUUACCCAGUCUGUGGAGUAGAUGGACAAAUCUACGAUAACGAUUGUCUCAGAGAUUGCGAAGGCGUUGCUAAAGACUGUGAUGGCACCACCUGUCCAUGCGGCGAUAACAAUUCACAGAUCAUGGAAGUUAGUGGAUGUGGUUGUAGUAAUAACUGGGACCCUGUUUGUAGUCAAGACGGUCAUACAUAUAGGAACUUGUGCUUAGCUAAAUGCAGUGGAAUAAGUGAACCAGAUCUUGCUUGCUCAUCCGGCUGCCCAUGUUAAAAUGAAGAGAGACAAUCAUAAAAAAAACUUUUUGUCGUUUUUUUCCAGGUCCCAACAUUUUGAUCAUUACCAUAAUGUGUUACGAACAGUUAUAGAUUGUGCAUUGAUCAGCGUUCACAAAAUCCUAUGUUUUUUGUACUUGAUUAAAGAGCGGAAGAUUGAA